AUGCGGAUUAUGUGGUCAUCAUUGAUCUUGUUGAUGCUGAAGUUAGUGCGGUUGGAGCUCAUUAUGAGUAUUCCGAUCCAGAUACUCAGGGAGAUCCAUUUGACUGGAAUAGCUGAGGAUAUUAUUUUAUCCUUCAGUCUUACUCUCAGAUUCAGCAGUAAUCAAUACUUAUUCACAACAACUACUUUCAGUUUUGAGAAUUUAAACUUAUUGCAUAGUCAUUAUAUGACCAUCCCUCCCCAACUUUCUUUAUCUUCUGUGGAUGUCAAUGCUGCAGAAAUGCUCACCACUCUGUACCUCACCUUUGCUGCCAAGGCAUUGCUGGUUCCCCAAUUCUGCCCAGGAAUAUAUAUCAACUCUUGGCUCUCACUCUACAAGACAGAAACUACUCUUGUUGGAGUCUCUUUGGAUCUUUUGGACAAGUUCUUGCCUAACUACCUCCCUCCAGAUAUUGGGGAAUGGAUCUGCAUAUCUGGAACCUACCACAACUGGGCCACCCUGACUGAACUUCUUAUGAGCACAUAA